UAAGGGAGGUUGUUGCAUGGAGAUGAGCUGGAAACCUCAUGCUGCCGUUCUCUCCCUGUCUCCCUUCUGCAGGGGAGGUCGUUCAAUGGCAUAGACCUUAAACAGGGCUGCUUUGGGGGAGCUGACGGCUUUUUUGUUAAGCAGGAAGUGUCGGGAUAGACAGAGAGCUGUGCAGGUGAGUCUGGCUUCCCCCGACACCCAUCACCAUGGACUGGAAGACGUUGCAGGGCCUGCUGAGCGGGGUGAACAAAUAUUCCACGGCCUUCGGGCGCAUCUGGCUCUCCGUGGUCUUCGUCUUCCGGGUGUUGGUCUACGUGGUGGCGGCGGAGCGCGUGUGGGGGGACGAGCAGAAGGACUUUGACUGCAACACCAAGCAGCCCGGCUGCACCAACGUCUGCUAUGACCACUUCUUCCCCAUCUCCCACAUCCGCCUCUGGGCCCUGCAGCUCAUCUUCGUCACCUGCCCCUCCCUGCUGGUGAUCAUGCAUGUGGCCUACCGGGAAGACCGGGAGAGGAAGAACCGGGAGAAGAAUGGUGAGGACUGCCCCAAGCUCUAUCGCAACACGGGCAAGAAACACGGCGGGUUAUGGUGGACCUACCUGCUGACCCUCUUCUUCAAGCUGACCAUCGAGAUCAGCUUCCUCUACAUCCUCCACAAGAUGUGGGAUAGCUUUGACCUGCCGCGCCUGGUCAAGUGCGCCAACCUAGACCCCUGCCCCAACAUCGUGGACUGCUACAUUGCCCGGCCGACCGAAAAAAAGGUCUUCACCUACUUCAUGGUGGGGGCCUCCGCCAUCUGCAUUGUCCUCACCGUCUGCGAGAUCUUCUACCUCAUCUUCAAGCGGGCCAUCCGGAGCCUGCACAAAUGGAAGAAGAACUCCACCAAGCACUUGGUCAGCUACAACCAGGCUUCCACCUGCCGGUGCCACCUCAAGCUGGAGCAGCAGGAUGGCAAAGCCAAGAACAAGCCUUUGGACGCCCUCCGGGCCUCCGCUCCCAACUUGACUCUGAUCUGACAGGGUGUGUUGGGGGAGGGAAAAGCCCUCAUGUUGGCCAGAGAAAACUGACUUCCAAGAUGGCUGUCUGCCAUGCCACAAAUUUUACUGGAGUAUUUCAAUGGGACCUCGACGGCUAUGACAAAGUGCGGGAGAGGAGGUGCAUUGCCAAGGCAGGAGCUCUCCCUGUUCUGCGUGGCUGACUGAGUUUUUGCAUACAGGGAUGUUCAUCAGACUGUGGGCUGCUGCCAUCAUUUUGUUGGGGCCGGGCAGAAAGGACAAGACCCUGGCAGUAAGUUGCUGCAGCUGCUAAUAACAUGCAGUGCACAGGUGGGUGGUUUGCCUAGCCAAGGAGGAUGUGUGAAUCCAAAAGUCUAUGCUUGUCAUUAUUUACAUGCUAUCAAGCCAGUCCGUGCAAUCCUGCAGGUUGGAGCUUCCCUCCUAUGUGCUCAGACAGGCCACAGGGGAAGGGGAGGAGAUGGCUGGCUUUUAAGUCUUAGGAGAAAUGACUAAUGUAAAGUUGCCAAGGACAAUAUUUGUCUCCUAUUCUCUUCCCCCUCUGCUAGACUCGCAGCUGCCACACCCAAAACACCAGCUCCCUUCGCAGACUCCAUCACAUUGCAUAGAGAGGCACUUGGACUCGGUACCUUAGCGGAUGGUUCAUUAACCAAGACAUUGAUGGAAAGGGCUUUAUUCUGAUACUGAAGCAGUGAGCAAAUCCUUGCCUUUCCAGUGAACCGUGACCUUGCCAAAGAACCAAGUCCAUGGGGUCUAGCAAUUGUGUGGGAAUAAAGUCAUGGGCACAGAGUGGGAUUGUGGGUGUGUCUCUUGGGAGAGUCUCUGUAGUUUGCAUCUAUCUCAGAAACUUCAACCUGUCUCCAAAAGCACUCAGAUCAGAGAGCAAAGAAGCCCCCUGGUUGUGCCUUCGGGUGCCUUGGGAGGGCAUUAAACUUUGCCUGGGAGUUUAGUUAGUAAAACAUCCUAGAUCAAAACUUUGAGUUAAUGCACUGGCCUGUGGUCGAGAAAGCAGCAGAUGCAGUAGCUAGAACAGUGGGUCCUUGACCUAGCUUCCCCGUUCUGAACUGAAUGGCAGGAGUAACAGUGACUCUGCAGGGGAAAGAGUUUUGUAUAUUUUCAAGAAGCAGCGGAACAGCCUAGUGGAGUUUCGGGGUUUGUGACCUGUUCUGGGCCAGACCCUCAGAUGACGUAAAUGGAGCUAGGCCGAUUUCCACCAGCUGAGACUCUGGCCUCACAAUUUUUCGUUUGUUAUUUUAUAUUCUAAUGUUCAAGCUUUGUCCAAACUCUGUAAACCCUCGUUACUGAGUAGCUUCUGGCUGAAACCAAAUGAGUUCUCCUAUUCCUGGUUGAAAACAGGACUGGGAUGUAAAAUUCAAAUUAAACGUGUCAAAUUCAUCCCUGAGGUAACUCCAGGCAAAUCCAAUUGAAGUGUCAAUCAAAAUAUACCAAAGAUGACUCUGUCCCAGUGAGUUUAUUGUUAACCAUGGUUGGAAAUCCAUACCCAUGCUCCCAGGUAACUGAUGUUGCAUAAUUGACUAGGACAAGAAAUAAACCCAUAAGAUAUGAGGAAUCUGAGUGUGUAGAUAUUUGCAGGAAGUUCUUGUUCUUUGGAUUUUUUUAAUUACUUUGUCAAUAUGUUUCUGACUAAAAUAGAGUCCUGAGCAGCUGCACCUCCAGGGAGAUGUCCAGACCCUCACAAAGCAAACUCUAUGAAUGAUGCGCGUUUGUGUAUAUUAACAAGCAGCAGUGUUGGGUGGGAAACGUUCUCCCAUCCCACAAUAAUUUUUUAGAUUUCAAAAAAAAAAAAAAUUCCUAUCUUGAAUCAGGACAAAAAGUCAAAAUUAUAAAAAUGUUCAUGAACUGAGAAUCCAAAAAGUAUUUCCAGUCUGGUCGAAUGAGAGAUUUCCUUUUGAUAAGUUCCAAACUUUUUGUUUUGAUGUUGACCUUUUUUAUAC